AUGCGCAUCUCGAUCCUCCUGACAGCCGCCCUGGCAGGGCCAACGCACCAGCUCUCGCCGUCGCCCCGAUCCGACAAGACCCUGCCCGCUCUGCAGUUCCGCCCCGACGGCACAUUCCGGAUAACCGUGUUUUCCGACCUCCAUCUCGGAGAAGCGGCUCAGAAACCCCGCGGUCGUGCGCAAGACUUCAAGACCAUCCAGGUCAUGUCCAGCGUGCUCGAGUGGGAAUCCCCCGACUUUGUCGUCUUGAACGGCGACCUGGUCACGGGGGAAGCCGUGCAGCGCAAGUCCAGCGGCAGAUUCGUGGAUCUGGCCGUCGCGCCGCUCGUGGAGCGCAACCUCACCUGGGGGAGCGCCUACGGCGACCACGACCACGCGUUCAACCUGAAGAGCGAAAAGAUGCUCCGGCGAGAGGCCAGGCACCGCGGCUCGCGGACCCGGAAGAUGGUCGGGGCCAAGACCUCCGGCACGUCCAACUACCACGUGCCCGUGUACGCCGCCGCCUGCGCGGACCGGCUGGGCCGGGGGUGCGAGCCGCUGCUUCUUCUGUGGUUCUUCGACAGCCGCGGCGGCGCGCGGUACCGGAAGAUCAGCGAGCACGGGAGCGUCGUGCCCCAGCCGAGCUGGGUGGACGGCUCGGUGGUCGAGUGGUUCAGCGAGACGCACGCGCGGCUGGCCGCGCGGGGGAACGGCACGGUCCCGUCGCUCGUGUUCGUGCACAUGCCCACGGGCGCGACCGCCGCCGCCCGGGGGGCCGUCGACCCGCGCCGGAACCCGGGGGUCAACGACGAGCCCGCGUCGCCGCAGUCGCAGGGGUGGUGCGCCGAGGACGCGUACCGCCCCGCGAGCUGCGGGUACGGCGGCUUCGACGCGCCCUUCCUGCAGGCGCUCGCUGGCGCAGCGGGCAUCGCGGGCGUGUUCCACGCGCACGACCACGGGAACACGUGGUGCCACCGGUGGGAGCCGCGGGUCCCCGGGACGGACGCCGUCGGCCGCGGGCUGAACAUGUGCUACGGCCAGCGGACGGGCUACGGCGGGUACGGGAGCUGGGCCCGCGGCGGCAGGCAGAUUGUGGUGACGGCGCGGGGGCCCGUCGCGGUCGAGACGCAUAUCCGGCUGGAGGAUGGCAGCGUGGUCGGCAGGGUGAGGCUGAACUCGACCUUUGGGCAGGACCGCUACGGAGCCGCCGCCGACGGCACGAGGCUGUCGUGA